AUGGCACGUCACAUUGUACAAUUAUGUCGUUUCAUUUCCGAUCACUCACUUGAUGUCCCUCCCAUGGGCGCCGAGGAGCAUGCUACUCUCUUGAAAAUUUUGGCUUACCAGCGGAUCCCUUCUACGAUUCUGAGCAAGGAGCUCAGGCCUGACCUCUCUAUGAACGACAAUCUUUCGGCAAAUCAUUCCCAGUGGGCUGAUCAGUCUGAUGCCAGUGCCAAUGUGACGGACACUCUACCAGCAGCCAAUCCAUCGUCCGUCUCAGCCUGGAGCAACGGCACGUCAGCACAGUGGAGCCAAACCAACCCAGUGACUGGAUCAAAUAUUAUUGGAGAUUCAACCGAAUCGCGACUUGGAGGUUGGCCGGACCAGGAAGAGUCGACUUCCGGCGCACUCCCCCGGAAUAUCUGGAAUUGGGAUCCAGGUGAGGAUGCAAACGUCAGCUCUCAGCCCUUUCCACGCUUCGAAGAAGAUGCGGGAGCGGAGAUCCCGUCCUUGGAUAUGUCAGAUCUGGAGCAGGCGCAUACUUCUCAAGAGCCACAGAGCUGCACUAACACACAGUAUGAGGAAGGUCACAGCGGUGCCGACAACACCGAGGCUCUCGUCGAUCAACUCUCCGAGAGAAUCGGGUCUUUGCAAAUUGAGCCUGGAGGGCACAUCCGUUACUAUGGACCAACUUCAAACUUCAAACUCGUCAAAAUGCCGAUUCCGAGCAACACAUUUACUUUGCAUCGCACGGUUCGAAAUGACGGCCAGGACUAUCUGAACCGUCUCGAUUUGGGAAAGGAAGUGCCGCCGGCUUUGGAAGACCACUUGGUUAGUCUCUACUUCGCUUGGCAGGACCCAGCUCUCCAUGUCGUGAACAGGGACAUGUUUGAAGCGAGCAAGGCAAGCUGGAGAGAAAUGAAUGACGUACCCUACUACUCCGAGGCCCUGCAUAAUGCAAUAUGUUUUUUGUGGGGAACUUAUGUCAUUGACCAGACUCGCGGUUUUCAUCUGGGCAGGCCGUUACGCAUCAAUAUGGAGGGUGCCACCGUCUCAAAGCCAAGCACUGCAGCAUAUGCUGAUGAACAGUGGACUCCAUAUGUUUCUCCCGGAUCCAAGGACCAGCGUGUUCUCUUACCUGACCACGCCAAAGAGCUACACCGGCAACGAGUUAUAUUGGCCGAAAUCAUGGCGCCUGUUGGUGACCCCUUAUAUGGAAAUUUGAAGAUUUCGAUCAAGAAACUUCAAGAAAUAAAUGCAGACACUGUGGCACGACUUCUGAAGUGGAAGAAUGACCUCCCACCCGCCCUGCGCGUCGACCUGGACGAUUCACAGACAUGUUACCUUCCCCAUGUCUUGCUUUUACACAUGCUGUAUUAUCAAAACAUAAUCCACGCCCAUCGGCCAUACAUGUCCAGAACCUACGUCCAGCCCUUCCCUCCUCAAGGACCAGGAUCGGAUCAUGCCCGAAUGAUGUGCAUGGAGUCAGCGUCAUCGAUAGCGAAGCUGCUCCAACUCUACGAGAUUGGCUACGCCCUCCGCCGAAUCAACGUCCAGGCCGUCGGCAUCGUCUGCUCGGCGGCGCUGCUGCUGAUUUUCGCAAACGUCACCCGCUACUAUCGAGACGGUGCCAACCAGACGGAACUAUACCUCAGCACCUGCUUCCGCGCGCUGGAGGAGUUCGGAACGUCGUGGGAGAGUGCCAAGAGGGCCCGGGAUUUCCUCCUGCUGCUGCUGCGGCAGUGGGAGCUGCGAGGCCGUUCCGCGCGGGCAGCGCGUCGUCGGGCACCGUCGUCUUCUUCUAUCGCCGCGGCCGCGGAGGGGCCGAGGAAGCGGACUCGGACCUCGGAUCUUUUGGAUAAUUCGGAAAUGGAGGACCAACUAUCCCGCAUGCUGUCUGCUACGACGCACGGCGUUAGCGAUUCGUUCGACAUGGAGAUGGGCUUGGGCUUCGACUGGAGUUGA